ACGAGUUGACGUUACGAGACAAGUUGGUGAACUGAGGUUGUUGGACAACUGCGUUACAUCUGUAAUGAUGGCGAACAGGGAUUCGCGGGACCACGCACGUGAUGGAGAGCGGGGGAGACAGGAAGGAAGGUCGGAGGGUUGGAGGGACGAACGACGCGGCAGGAACAAAGAUUUCUAUAAUCAUGACGAUCGGAGGGAGACCUCACGUGAACGAGGAUAUGCGUCAGGGGAACAACGGCGAAGGGGACCACCGACAUGCUACGAGUGCGGACAAGUGGGGCACUACCGUAAUCAAUGCUCGAAGCUCGCGGGUGAAGGGACUUCACGUCCGAGUGGCGUACGUGACAAGUUACCAGACCGUGAACAACUAAAGAAACAAGUAGAAGAACUUGGGACAUCACUGGCGUCUGUGCAGGAGCACCUCGAACAAGAAAAUCGACGACGACAGGAGAGGGAGCGGCAAAAACAGGAGAAAAUCCGGAAGAAGCUACGGGAGGAAGAGGCGAAAGCGGCGCAAGCCGAAAAGGAAAGAAAGAAAAUUGCUAAGUUACGCGCAACGGAGGAAACGAGGAUGCAAAUGCGCAAGGAGAUGCGGAUGGAAGUGGCGAUGGCAGUAGGCGGACUAUCGGAACACAUAGUUGGGUUGACGGAGGAAAUCCAACACGUAAGGCGAAUAAGUACGAGGAAGGUGAGAGGCAAGCAACGUGCGCUGUCACCCACGUCGUUAAAUGCGUCAGCCUCGAGUGAAGGGGAGGCUAGCGAUGUCGAUGAGAUCAGUGCACGCACGGGUAAACUGCAGAUCUCUAAGAAACGGAAACGUAGCUCGGAGAAACCGGUUGGGAACAACCCACCGGUGAUGCAACAAGCUAAGCGUACACCAAGAGCGGCUCAUGUGAAGCCGGUGCGACUGGCGGGCAAACUACAGAGAUCAGUGAAGAAGAGCGGCAAGAAGAAGAGCGGCAAGAAGAAGACACCGGCAAGAUAUACUCCACGAAGGGGAACACCCAAGACAAAGAUCGCGGUGAAGAUUGGAACAGUAGGUCGAGCUCAGUACAUCUGUGAGAACAUUUGGGCGCUGUCAGAGUUCGGUGCUGACGAACUCAAGGAUAUUUGUCGAAAGGAGGAUGUGGAGUACGAGAACAAGGUGUUGGCGACCAUUAAUAUCGUCGAGAAGCGUGCUAUUGAGGCAUAUGGUAAGGACGAGGAGGAUGUGACGGACGACACAGUCGAGAUGGUGUUGCCGACAAGUGACGAUGACGAAGAGGCGGAACCGGGCGCCGAUGUCGCGUGAACUGAUAUCGAAGGUGUGUGCCUUCGCAUGUUAUGCGAUCGCAUCAUUGAGUGGCGGUACACGAAUCUAGUGAAUAACAUGGUUGAACGUGUUUUCCGUUUGAUUGUGAUACUGCUAACGUUAGAGGGGCAGGUUCAUGCGUUAGUUAAGUGCAUCGACUCAUGGGUACGAAUGUAUGCACGUAUGGGACUCAGUUUCUUGGAUUGUGGAACGGUCGUGUAUGUGAUUGCUUCGAUUCGAUGCCGCGCAAUGUAUAUAGGGUAGACGGGUAGAGGUGGUGACACGAGAUGGCGGGAGCACGUGUCAAGAAUUGAACGGAACAGU